CAAGCCUGACAGAGUAGGAUAACUCUAUGGGAAGUGACUUGGCUUAUCCAGGAGAUAAAAGUGAACUCGUUUCCAAGGAGUUACAGGUGUGACAAGUUUCUCUGAUAAAAAUGUCGACUUCGAGGUCCCUCGCUGCACUUGGAUUACCUUUACUUGUGUGUCUGCUGCUGAAGGAGAUAAAAGGUGACUGUGAUCCAGCGUGUGGGACCCGCGGGCAGCCUGAGGUGUAUACGGUCAGAUCUUUAUGACAACCAGUAUCAGUAUGCAACAUGUCAUACCAGCAGUUAUAUCCUACAGAAGUCGAAAGGUAAUCACAACUGUCUCAACAGCAGUGCUUAUUGCUACUAUCAGUGUAUGCUGGACUUGUACAACAAGGAGAAUGGGACCGUGAGUUUGGACUGUCAGUGCACUUCGACAUCGUCCCCAAGUUCUACCUUCCAGUCAGGGUGUCAAAGUCCUUCCGGCACAGACUGUGGCUGGUACCUAAACAUGUUUGGAGAGGAAACUCGGAUGCUCAGGGGGACUUGACUCUUACGUCAUGGCGUUUUCCCAGAAGUUAUGCGCCCUUGCUGAAGGAAAGGACACGGGCGUUACAGAGACUGGACUGAGAUGGCUGAACGCCACCAGAAAAUGUAUCCAAGUGGAGCUGGCACCAUUGUUACUGCCUUAUGAGAGCUUCACGUGCUCUGACGUCAGCGCGCAUGCGUACGAGAAGCAGGCAGGCUGCUAUUCAAAACCUUAUCAGGAGGAAUCGGGAAUAUGCAGCGUGUCGUCUGCUGACUUUUGGAAGAUUUUCUGGAGGACUAGAGACACCUUGGGCUUGAGUUUCGUGGAGAGCCUUCUGGGACUCCUAAAAACGAAGUUGAGCUGCACUGGUGGCUUGCUGCCCUUUGACUCUUCCAUGCAUUUGAUACACAUGCGACUGCAACUUCCACUCUCUCGCCGGAAGCGAGAUGUACCGUCUGUCUCCAGGGCUUUUAUCAAUCAGGAGAGUUUGGAGAAGACUCCAUUUGUCAUGGCGACCAGACUCAAGCGUCACUCUCGUCACGUGUCCGACACGAGAUCAUCGCGAGGUCGACGUGCUACAACCGACGGCGUGUGGCUGGGGGAGACCAACCAGCAGCGCCUUUACCACGACCUGGCCAACAAGGGGGCGCUGUCUAUCAGCAGACUGCUGGGCUGGGAUGUACAAGAAGUUCUGUGGUUUGCUUACGGCACCAAAACGCCAGACAGCAAUGUUUUCAACGUGUCGCUUCUGUUUGUUGACAAACAAACCUACGGCCUACAAAAGAACGACUGGUCACCCCGAGUGAACGCUAGUGAAGCUGUCAUCAAAGCAGGACAAGUUCUUAGCAGGAGCGAUACAAGAAUAAUGAUCAAGAAUCAGAGGGCAUGGAUGCAAAAGUUUCAAGCUUGUUCCGACAUCAACUGUCAGUUGGUAUUUUACACAACGGAACAGACAGACAGCGCGGUGAGUACACAGAGCCGACAAAGAGCUUACCUGUAAGUGGCGCAGACAGGUGUGGUCAAUGGCUUCAGUUGUCAGUACUGACUGCAGCAGAGGUGAUAUUCUUUCUCGCAGUCAUUUGAAAAAACAAGUGAAUAAUGCAAAACCAAUUUUUGAACAUUGAUCAGUUUGAAAUGAGACUUCUCCAGACGA